UCUCAAAGUGUUAGCAUAUCGUUUCGCACUAGUGCGAUAAAAUUUUGUGUAUUUCUGUUCGCGGAAGAAAAAUUUUUUCUCGUCCUAGAGUGAAUCCCUGUGGCGACGCCGCGAAACAUCAUCGGGAGUCAAUGUAAAAGAAUUUACAAUCGAAAAAUAUAAAAUACUCGAAAAUAAUAAUACAACCAAACAUAACCUACAAGAAAAUAAAUGAACAAUACAUGUGCAAAAAACACAAUCGAAUUAAAACACAAAAUUAAAUUAUAAUCUAACAAUACAAAGGCAAGAUGGGCCAUCACUGGCCUUAGCCUGUCACGUUAGUGACACAGCAAAUAAAAAAAAAAAAAAAAAAAAAAGAAACUGUUGAUAAUAUAAAAUAUCUUAUUUCUCAGGAAAUGCCUCAAGAGUUACGCGUAGUUCGUUGUUACCAAUGCAAAAAAUUUCAGUCGGAUAUAGUCAAAAAGGCUUUAAAAUGGACCUGCAAGCUGUGCGGUUCCAAGCAGUCUCUAAAGAAAGAGUUUGCACGUGGAUCCGGCCGAGAAUGUCGUUUGCUGGUGCAGCAGUUAAGCAGUCGUGAAAUGAAUAAUCAUCGACUGGAGGAAUUAGUUGCAGAACAUUUCCUAACAGGACAGCUGACUAUUCCUAAUAUAAAUGCGGAGGAAUCUGAACGAAUGAUCAGUCAUUGUGAGAAUAGUCGUGUGGUUGGGACAAGCAAAUGGGCUGUCUUUCAGAAGGGCGAACCAACAGAAGAAGGUGAAAAGCAAGUUAGCCCGACCAUUCGAAGUUCUACAAACUUUUUUGUUAGAGAAAACGUGCAGACAAAUCCGUCGCCAUCGAUCAACAAUUACUAUUCCACAAAACCUUCUCAAACCCAAACAAGUCCAACACAAGUCGUACCUCUAGCAGAUUUCCAUCGAAUGGAUAAAAAAGAGAAAAUGCAAUUCAAGUGGAAAUCGAAAAACUGUUCUCAAAGCUAUCAGAAAUGUCUACCUUUGAGUUCGCAGAAUUCGAAAUCAGAAAGUAUAUCAAACAAGUCGACAAAACCAUAUGCCGAUAAAAACUUUGGCCUGAAAAACAAAAGCUUCGAUAAAACCGUUCCGAUGAUGGCCUUUGGUAAAAAAUCGAAAUCGGAAAAUUUAAGUUCGAUACAAGAAAACAUUAUUUCUCAAACUUCCUUCGAGCCAUCAAUCGAUAGCAAUCUUCGGCCAAAUGUAGAGGAAUCUACAAGCACUAGGGUGAAUUCCAAAUGGAGUAAAUUUACCGUAGUAAGAGAUGAAGAUUUGUUGGAAUAGUGCUAUCAUUCGUAAGCCAUCUGUAUUAUAAUAGUGAUAAAUAUCUAAAAUACAAAAAAGUAAAUAACCAACCCUAUAA